AUGACUGUCAUUCACAUUGUGCUUUUUAAGUUUAAGCCUGAGGCUACAGAAGACCACAAGGCAAGAUUCGUGGCAGAGUUGAAGAAACUGAGAAAUCUGCCUUGUGUCCAGAACCAGCAGCUCACUGUUGGUGGACCAUCCAUCACAACGCCAAUUGAGCGAAGCAAAGGCUUUGAGGUCUCGCUACUCAGCUUUCACAACGAUCAUGCCGCCUUAGAAGAGUAUCAGGCCAGCAAAGAGCAUCACAAAGUCACCAGCGAGCUCCUUUGGCCGUUUGCGGAAGACGUCACGAGGUUUGACUUUGAAGUCAAUGGAGAUGACCUUCAUGGGUUCCAGGGCUUGGUGCAACCAACUAAUGGAGGAACCCUACGCGAUUCAUGA